AGAGAGAAAAUGAAGUAACUUGCACAGAAUCUUAGGCCAAAAGGCUGCCUGUUUUAAGCCUUAUUUAACUUCAACAAGGGAGAGAGGAAGAAGAGAGGGAGGGAGGUCUGGGUUGUUCUGCUCUGGUCCAGGAAUCUGCUUCUCGUUGUUUUGGGUCCCACCGUUUUGCCCAUUUUCUCAAAGGCGACCGCCAUUCAUGAGUAAAUCAAGCUCUGCAACUCCACCCCCAUCGUCAAAACCAUCAUGGGUCCUCCCUUAUCGGACCGAACCCCUCACCGAUUUCUACACCCUCGGCAAAAAGCUCGGCCAAGGUCAAUUUGGCACCACUUUUCUUUGCACUGACAAGAAAACUGGGUACAAUUACGCCUGUAAGACCAUCCCUAAGCGGAAGCUUCUGUGCAAAGAGGACUACGACGAUGUUUGGAGGGAAAUUCAGAUAAUGCACCAUUUGUCUGAACAUCCCAACAUCGUCAGAAUCAAGGGUACUUAUGAGGAUCCGGUCUCUGUUCAUUUGGUUAUGGAGCUUUGUGCGGGUGGGGAGCUCUUUGAUAGGAUCGUUCGGAAGGGGCAUUACAGUGAGAGAGAGGCCGCCAAGCUUAUUGGGGUCAUUGUCAGUGUUUUAGAGUCUUGUCAUUCGCUUGGAGUCAUGCAUAGAGACCUUAAACCUGAAAACUUUCUGUUUCAAAGUGUGGAUGAGGAUGCUGCUCUUAUGGCCACUGAUUUUGGGCUCUCUGUCUUCUACAAGCCAGGGGAGACUUUUUCUGAUGUUGUCGGUAGUCCAUACUAUGUUGCACCAGAUGUGCUACGCAAGCAUUAUGGACCCAAAGCUGAUGUUUGGAGUGCAGGAGUUAUCUUAUAUAUUCUAUUAAGUGGGGUACCUCCAUUUUGCGCAGAAACUGAAAUAGGGAUCUUCCGACAGAUACUACAAGGACGAUUGGAUUUUGAGUCGGAGCCAUGGCCUGGUAUCUCAGGAAGUGCAAAGGAUCUUAUACGAAAAAUGCUCGACAGAAAUCCGAAGAGAAGGCUAACUGCUCAUGAAGUCCUCUGUCAUCCAUGGAUUGUAGAUGACAAAGUUGCCCCAGAUAAACCUCUUGACUCGGCAGUAUUAUCACGUCUGAAGCUGUUCUCUGCUAUGAAUAAGCUUAAAAAAAUGGCUCUAAGAGUAAUUGCUGAAAGGCUUUCUGAAGAAGAAAUUGGGGGUCUGAAGGAGUUGUUCAAGAUGAUAGACACAGACAACAGCGGGACGAUAACGUUUGACGAACUAAAGGAAGGCUUAAAACGUGUAGGCUCCGAACUUAUGGAGUCUGAGAUUAAGGAUCUAAUGGAUGCAGCAGACAUAGACAACAAUGGAACAAUCGACUAUGGUGAAUUCCUUGCAGCUACAAUUCACUUGAAUAAGCUAGAGCGGGAAGAGAAUUUACUAUUGGCCUUCUCAUAUUUUGACAAGGAUGGUAGUGGUUUCAUAACCAUUGAUGAGCUUCAGCAAGCCUGCAACGAGUUUGGCUUGAGUGAUGUUCGUCUAGACGACAUGAUCAGUGAGAUCGAUGAAGACAAUGAUGGACGUAUAGACUAUGGGGAAUUCGCAGCGAUGAUGAGAAAAGGCAACGGUGGAAUUGGAAGGCGGACGAUGAGAGGGCCGAUGAAUUUAGGAGAUGCUCUCGGCUUGUCAACAAGUGCCAACAACCAAUCUAUUGAUAAUCCUACCUGAGAUGCCUAUAUAAUACUUGUGUGUAUCUGGGAAUCCUUUGAACAAAAGCUUUGAUCCUACUUAUGGUUCCAUAAACUUUUCAACAAAAGAAAAACUAAGACGCCCUUUCUUC